AUGGAGGUUAAGGUCAAAGUCAAGGUUACCAGGCUUAUGGCCCUCUUUGAUCCCAACAACUUUUAUUCAGGACUUUUUGACUUUGUAUGUCGCGUGCUUGUUAUUCUUGUGGUCGUCUGCGUUUUGGCAGAAGAGAAGUACACGACCAAAUACGACAACGUCGACGUAGACUCGAUUUUGGCGAGCGACCGUUUGCUCAAGAACUACGUGAACUGCUUGCUGGACAAAGGAAGCUGCACGCCUGAUGGCAAGGAACUCAAAGAACACCUUCCGGACGCGUUGGCGAGUGACUGCAGCAAGUGCAGCGAGAAGCAAAAGAGAGGCAGCGAGAAGGUCAUCCGGUUUCUAGUCAACAAGAAACCAGAAACUUGGGAGGAUCUCAAAAAGAAGUACGAUCCCACUGGCCAAUAUACUAUCAAGUAUCAGGAGGAUGCAAAGAAGCAGGGAUUAAAUGUGUAAAUAAUUUAGAUCCUCAUCUUGUCGAUUAGGACGUCAAGAGAUAUUUGUCUUUUUUACAAUGUUCGAGUUAAAUAAACCCGUCAGUUUAUCACACAUAAUUUCUCUUGUGCUCUUUUGAGAAAGAAAUUAGAUAAAUAUGAAAAUUUACUUUCUUAAAUGUUACACACACACACACAUAUAUAUACACAUACGCGCGUGCGCGACAAGAAAUUUCACACAAAAAUCUCUCUAUUAUUAUAAAUUAAAUAUAAAUGAUAGUUAAUCAGUGUACAAGAAGGAUCAAUCGUGAUUAAAUUACGUGAUUAAAUAUGUGAUUAAUCUAAUUACAAUAUAAUUAUCCAUUAAUAGAUAUGAACGAUAAUUUCCCUCUCUUGUCUCAUAUCUACCUUUGUUCUCGACGGUUGAGCAGUAUUUGUACGCCAGUCACGGCUUGCAAUAAUAUAUUUCUGGGUUCCGUGGCUCUUCUCUCGAAAGCAGUUCGACACGUCGGGAAGAGAUAAAUCCAGGCACAAUGCCGAGAAAAGUUCCGCGACCGAAGUUUGAGGUCUGAACGUCGCCCUUGAGACCGUCUCGCUUAAUUUCCUGACGCUGUCCAAUACGAAAUAUAUGUGCA